CAUUUUCCCACAACACCCUGCUCCUGCUCUCUCAGAUGACGAAAAUGGCGGACAACGCAACAUCGGUCGAGAUUGUUGAGGGCUGUCGCCUUCCCGUUCUUCGUAAAAACCAAGAACACGAGGACGAAUGGCCAUUGGCUGAAAUUCUAAGUGUGAAGGAGGUCUCUGGGAGAAAGCUUUACUAUGUUCACUACAUUGACUUCAACAAGCGUCUGGAUGAGUGGGUCACAGUGGACCGGCUGGAUAUGAAGAAGCUUCAGUUCCCUAAGAAAGAAGCUAAAACACCAACCAAGAAUGGACUUCCUGGCUCCCGACCCAGUUCUCCAGAGAGAGAAGUGAUGAAUGAGAGGACACCUAUUUUAAAUGAGAGUACACCGCCUUUUGUGUUGCCUCAAGAUAUCCAAAGGAAGAGUGUAGAUCUCAACCUACAAUCUGCCACAGCCCCUUCCAGAGGCAAAACCCUCCCCACACCGAAAAGGAAAGUAGAGGCCGUCCCCCUGGCGACUCAGGUAGCCCCAGCCAUCCCUGUGCCCUCCCUGCCAAGUUCCACUGAAGCCUCUCAGGCAUCUGUUUUUCCUGCUGUGAGGGAGACCAAGCCCUUUAAGUCCCGUGAAGACCAUGACCAGCUCUCCUCGCUCACAACGAAUGGCACCGCUCGACGGCUCAUCCCUUCACAACCUGGGAGGAAGAGGAAGGCCAACUGUGGGGGAACAGACGAAAUGAUAAAGGUUUUGCAGUAUAACAACCCACAAAGUGCCAGUGUCUUUCUGCCACCACCAGAGGAUUCCCAGGACAGUUCGGAUGGCAUCCCAUCUGCACCGCGCAUGACAGGCAGUCUGGUAUCUGACCGCAGCCAUGACGACAUUGUCACCCGGAUGAAAAACAUAGAAUGUAUAGAGCUAGGCCGUCACAGACUGAAGCCCUGGUACUUCUCACCGUACCCACAGGAACUCACCAUGCUGCCCAUCCUCUACCUCUGUGAAUUCUGUCUCAAGUACCUCAAAAGCCUCAAGUGUCUCCAGAGGCAUUUGACAAAAUGUAAUCUGAGACAUCCGCCAGGCAAUGAGAUCUACCGCAAAGGCACCAUCUCAUUCUUUGAGAUUGAUGGCAGGAAAAACAAGAAUUAUUCCCAGAACCUGUGUUUACUUGCUAAGUGUUUCCUGGACCACAAAACCUUGUAUUAUGACACAGACCCUUUCCUUUUCUAUGUAAUGACGGAGUAUGACUCCAAAGGUUUCCACAUUGUGGGCUACUUCUCUAAGGAAAAAGAGUCGACUGAAGAUUAUAACGUCGCCUGCAUCCUGACUUUGCCUCCUUACCAGCGGAGGGGCUAUGGCAAACUGCUCAUUGAAUUCAGUUAUGAGCUCUCCAAGGUAGAAGGCAAGACAGGCACUCCUGAGAAGCCACUUUCUGACCUCGGUCUUUUGUCCUAUCGUUCUUAUUGGUCCCAGACCAUCUUGGAAAUUCUCAUGGACCUUAAACCCGACAAUGGAGAAAGGCCGCAAAUCACAAUCAAUGAAAUUAGUGAGAUAACAAGUGUAAAGAAAGAAGACGUCAUUUCAACACUUCAGUACCUCAACCUAAUCAACUAUUACAAGGGUCAGUACAUCCUGACUCUUUCAGAGGACAUUGUCGAGGGGCAUGAAAGAGCAAUGCAGAAGAGACACUUGCGCAUAGAUCCCAAGUGCCUUCACUUCACACCUAAGGACUGGAGCAAGAGGGGCAAGUGGUAGAGUUCCGGGCCGGUUCACUGAAAACCGCCAGAACGGACUUGAUGCUUGACAGUGGAUCAGAUAAAGGAUUUAUCAGGCUCUCUCAUCAAGAGCAUUGAAACCCUUUUUGAGCCCAGGACUCCUCUUCAGAUAACAACAUAUGCUUUUAUUGUGAAUAUUCAUUAAAUAUUGUGAAUUUAAAAAGCUCUCAAAAGAGCAAAGGGCAAAGGAGUUGACAGUAACACCACCCAUACAACACACCUUCUACUGUGGAAAAGAUCCUGUUCAUGACCAACGGUGCAUUAAAACUGGCUUAAGUGGGAAGCAGGGAAAGAUUUUUUUUAAUUUUUUUUAUUACACAUUUAUUAUUGUUUUGCUUUGGCCAUCUCGGACACAGCAGUGUCUUUUUGUGUCCAUAUUGUAUCUGCUACACAAGGAAAUUAAAAUGCUGUCAUCAGAAUCAUGUAUGUAUCCAAGAAAAGUUUCUUUGUAAAAGGCAGCCCACGUCGCAUCCGGACAACAUUCCAGAGAGUAGUCAUCACUCUACUUUAAAGUGUGACUUUUGUACCAAGUGUGCAGGCUUCAGAAUAUCUCGGAUGUCUCCUCCUGGCUACACAAGUUUCAAUCAUUUUGAAACCACUGAUAAACAGACAUUUUCACUUGCUUGAGGAAAUACGAUGUGUGUGUGUGUGUGUGUAUAUAGAGGAAAAAGCACAAAUAAUUAAAUUUUUUAUUUUUUUUGCAGUCCUGAAGUGACUGAAUUUUAACUCUGUUAAAGACUUCAAGCCAUUUUAGUGUCAGCUAAGAAAAAACUGAACAUUGAAAUGUGCAGUUUUAAUGUUUGUUGAGAUCCAACAUGGUCAGUUCAGGUUUCUUUAACAGUGAUGCUGUUUAACAGUGUUUUUCAUUUCCCUAUAUUUUAAAUAGUUGGAAUUAUUUAUAUUUGGGGGAAUAUUUCUACUUUUUUUUUUUUUGUUUGAUAAUCCACUGUCAUGAUCAUCUGCACAGUGUCCAAACUGUUUUAUCAUGUUUCCUUUAACUGUAUUCUAAACCUGAUUGUUUAAAAAAAUGCUUAGAAGCCAUUUUGAACACUGUUAGAGGAAUGUAAAUUUUGUGGACAGUUUUUUUUUUUUUUCUUGAUGUAAACUAACAGGUUGCACAAUAUUAAGAGGAAAAGACCUUCAAGUGAUAUCUUUGUUUUAUGUUUACAUGUCACAAAAGGAUGUUGAAUCUACCAUUUAAAUUAUUUAGUACAUCUUUACAUGGAGAGUAUGAUUUGAAUGUUUGAUAUAAAAAAUGUGAAUUGGUUUAAAACAAAACUUAAAAAUCCUUAAAAUUGUCUUUAAUGUGUGACUUUUAACAGUGAGACUUUCCCCCUUCCAGUAUAUGUUAUUACACCUGGGAACCAGGUUCAACAGGUAAGCCAGCCAACCCUUGUUUAAGCACUGCAGAGUCUGAGGGAUGUCACCAACAGUGGUGUGGGGUUACCCUGAAAGUUACUUAACUCUCAGGUUAAUACUGAUACCAGACUUCUGCUGUGUUCUAUCAGGUCAGUGCACGGAACACAAAACACAUUUUGCCUGUGGAAGAUGUGCUUAUAGGCUAGUAACUGAACUCAGCUUCAACCUUUGCAGGUCAUAUAAACAUUUUCAGCUUUACAUAAAAGCAGUGAAUUACAAUUUAAACUGUGGCCAGUCAAGCACAGUAUGUUUUAAGCUCUUAUUUCACUGUGUGCAAGUUUUGUCCACCAGGAGGCAGUGCCCUCUUUUCUGCACUGCCAAAAUGCGCAGGCAGAAAACAGACCUGUCUGGUAAGCUGCUAAAUUAAAUAGGAGGAAACUUGUUUUGGACAUGAGUGCUACUCCUGCAGCUGUACAAAUGUACACUCAAUCUAACAUAAAAAAAUAAUCUAUGUACAAGAAGUAGCCUAAAGUCAUUGCCACUUGAGUAAGAUAAUUGUUCUUUUUCCUAGACUAGUCCUUGACUGUAGUUGACACACACCUUUACAGCUGAACAGAACCAGGUAGACAGAGUUGAUGGUUUGCACUGGCUUGCAUUUCACUCUUAAAACACUUGUCUCAAUGACCUGCUUAGUUGGUUAAUCAGCACAUUUUUUCAGUACCUAUCUUAAAAUUUGUGACAUUUCAAAAAAACAAUUCAAACAUUUUUGGUUCCAUCUUAUCAUAUGUUAUAAUUUGUUGCUUUGAUAUGAUAUUAUGACAUCAUUCUGAAUAACUACUGGCUUUGAACAGGCUAAAACUAAAUAUGUCACUGUGGGCCCAAUAAAGUUGUCAUCCAGCCAUUUUAGUAUCAUUG